AUGGCCUGGAUCCACAUCACCUGGAUCACCUGGAUCCUGAUCUGCUGCCCCACACUGCUGCAGGGCAGAGCCUCAGAGUACCAGCUGGAUUCAGAGACGCUCAGCCAAUGUGAGUUGCUAAGGGGCGUGGCUGUUGCCAAGCAACAAGGUGACGUCCCGCACUGCACACACGAUGGCAGCUUCAGGGCGGUGCAGUGCAGUGGGCGGGGCCAGGAGUGUUGGUGUGUGGAUGCUGGAGGGCAGGAGGUGGUCGGGACUCGAACCAACGGCUCUGCUCCUCACUGUGCGUCUCCCUGCCAGCGUCAGUCUGUCCUGCUCUGUUCUCCUUCAGGAGGUUUUGAGGAGGUGCAGUGUGUGUCCAGCAGGUCUGAGUGUUGGUGUGUGGACCAGGACGGUAUGGAGCUGUACGGGACCAGACAGAGGGGGGCGCCCCCCCGCUGUCCCGGCAGCUGUGAGGUCCGGUCCCGGCGCCUCCUGCACUCCCCCCGGCCUGUCUCACCUCCUCAGUGCGCCGCAGACGGGAGCUUCCUGCCGGUUCAGUGUAAACUCAUCAACACCACAGACAGGACGGAGCUGGACCUGCUGACAGCCUUCAACAGGUUCCCAGAAGCCUUUGAGGCGUUCAGCACCUUCAGACAGGUUUUCCCGUCAGUUUCGUCCUUCUGCUUCUGUUCAGACAGUCGAGGCCGCGAGCUGGAGGGCACAGGUGUGGAGCUCCUCCUGUCUGAGGUGUACGACUCGGCGUUCUCCGGUCUGCGGUCCGGUUCCUCCUUCUCCCAGACCAACAUCUACAGAGUCCUGCAGAGGAGGCUGCUGGGAGUCCGCCUCGCCCUCACCGGACACUUCAGAUGUCCGUCUCCCUGUGAGGAGGAGCAGCGAGGAGCGUUGGAGGCGUCCAGUGUUUUCGUGCCGUCCUGUGAGUCUGGGGGCUCCUUCAGCUCCAGGCAGUGCCAGCAGGGGGGGCAGUGCUGGUGUGUGGACCCCACAGGGAGAGAGCUUCCUGGGACACGACAGCUGGGAGACUCCCUGGUCUGUGGUUCUGGUCUUACUGACUGUCCCUCUCAGAGGCGUCUGGCUCUGUCCCGUCUCUUCUCCGGUCCUGUUGAACCUCCUUUCCGGUCCUCCUCCUCCGUCAGCCCCCCGGCCUCCUGUCGUCUCCUCCUGCGGCCCCUCAGGGAUCUCCUUCCAGUGGAGGCGGACCCCACCUCCUUCCUGUCCCUCCUGGUGGAGGUCCUCCAGGGCCUGUUCCCCUCGGUGGGCGGGGCCCUGCAGGCUCUGGCUCGCUCCUCCCCCCAGCGCCUCCAGGAGAACCUGUUCGGAGGGAAGUUCCUGAAGAGCGCCUCCUCCUUUAACUUCAGCGGGGCGGUGGGAGCUCGAGGAGCAGUCGGCCUGGAGCGGCUCUCCUCUCAGAGUACCAGCCUCCAGGAGAACCAGGAGCUGGUCCGGUCUGUGAGCAGGGCCCUGGAGGACCGCGGCUUCCUGUCGGCCCUCCAGCUCAGCCUGAGGAGCAGCAGGAGCUCUGACUCCUCCUCCCUGCAGGAGGUUCUGACUCCUCUGCUGCAUUCCUGCUCCGGAGACGAGGACGCCGCCUCCGUCUUCGUCCCGCGCUGCACGCCCAGCGGCGGUUUCCAGGAGGUCCAGUGUCGCCGUGGAGACUGCUGGUGCGUGGACGCUCGGGGUCAGGAGGUGGCCGGGUCGCGUAGCGCCGGCGGGCGUCCUCGCUGUCCGACCCGCUGCCAGACGGAGCGAGCGGCGGCCAUGAAGGUGAGAGGAAGCCUGGCGGCCGGCGCUCAGAUCCACGUCCCGGCGUGCUCCGAGGACGGAGACUUCCUGCCGCUGCAGUGCGUCGGUUCACGCUGCUUCUGUGUGGACGGCGAGGGGAAAACCGUGAGCGCCGCGUCAGCAGGCGGCGCCGCCACCUGUCCAAAGAAAACAACACAGAAGCUUCAGUCACCAGCAGGCCGCUGCUCUGUGGCGUUGGAUGAGGUAACAGCCUUCAGACAGGAAGUGAAGAGCGUCGUCGCCCUCUCUAACUCCUCCCACCUGCCGCUGGGAUACGGCUUCCUAUUGGCCGAGGGUCUACGUCUGAGCCCUGAGGAGCUCCAGAGCAGCCAAUCAGAGGAGGAGCUGCUGAUCUCUGAUAGGCUGCUGAGCCGCUCUGAAGCUGCUCUGCGAUUGGCUGCUUUCUCCACUGUCCAGAUGUUUCUGCCUGCUCAGCGUCGUUCCUACCAGCCGUUCACUCCGCAGUGUGACGCUGACGGACACUGGCUGCACACACAGUGUUACCACAGCACAGGUCAGUGUUGGUGUGUUGAUGAAGAUGGAGAGUACGUCCCCGACUCUCUGAGCAGCCGCUCACUACACCUGCCCAGAUGUCUGACUCGCUGUCAGAGAGCUCAGGCUCGCUCUCUGCUCUCUGGUUGGAUAAAAAGAUCUGACAUCAUCACCAGCGCGUCACCUGACCAGCCGCAGUGUGACGAGGACGGUAGUUUCUCGGUGCUGCAGACAGGGGGCGCUGCAGGCUGGUGUGUCAACCCUCUGACCGGAGAGACGAUGCAGACGGCGACCCCCAACCCCACGGGACAGCUGACAUGUCCCAGCUGGUGUGAGCUGCGAGGCUCUCAGUGUCGCCCCGACGGCUCCUUCAUCCCGCUGCAGUGUGAUGUCACUUCCUGUUGGUGUGUCGCCGAGGACGGGCAGGAAGUGGGCGGGACCCGAACGCCUCGACAGACCGGACGGACGCCGUCAUGUGACCGUCCUCUCUGUGCCGACUCCGCCGUUACCCAUGGUGCACUGGUGUGCCGCCCGGCCGCCGACGGUCGCCAGAGCUGUGACCUCAUCUGUCACCGUGGUUACCAGAACGCACUUCCUGCCAGCAGCUUCCUGUGCGGCUCUGAGAGUCGCCGCUGGGAAGAAGACAACAAGCCGCUGAGAGGAGCCUGUCAGAUCUCUCAGCCUCUCCAGACGGUGUCGUCCUCUCAGCUCUGGUCGUUGUCGUCGUCCUGUUCUCAGAUCAGCAGUUUACAGUCUCUGUUGUUCAACACGAUGACCAGCAGGGGGCUCUGCUCUGCUCAGCUCCCCUCGUCCGGCCGCUCCGUCUCGCUGUGUGACGACUCGUCGGUGCAUCUGCAGUGUGACGGCGGCGACGCUCUGAAGUUAACCAUCACCUGGACCGCACACCUGUCCGACCUCCCGACCUCUGACCUCCCCGACCUCCACGACAUCGGUCUGUUUCUGAACGAGUCCAGACUUCUGGAGGGCGUUCGGGGACUUCUGGCUAACAUCCCGUCAGUGCUGACAUCAGAACCUAAACUGGUUUCCAUAGCGACACCGAUCUUCGGCUGUUCCCGUGGUUACCGCCUGGACAGCGGCGGCGCCGGCUGCGUGAUUUGUCCCGCUGGGAGCUUCUCCAGCGAGGGGGCGUGUCCUCUCUGUCCUCAGGGGACCUAUCAGGACCAAGAGGGGCGGGACUUCUGCAACAGGUGUCCCCGAGGCUCCUCACCUGCCGGAGCAUCGACUGUCAAUCAAUGUGUGACAGAGUGUCAGAGGCGGGGCCUGCGGUGUUCAGAGCGAGGGGACUUCCUGCCAGCGCAGCCUGACUUCCUGUCCGGCAGGUGGAGGUGUGUCGACGGCGAGGGGGCGGAGCUUGAGUGGACCCGCAGUGACACGCCGCUGACUGAUGACCAGUGCUCAGUUCUCAGCAGGUUUCAGGCUGUUCCUGGAUCAGAUCUGACUGUCGGAGCUGAAGACGCUGAAGUGCUGCAAACAAUGACCUCUGACCUCACUUCCUGCGUCCAAGCGUGUGCGGCGGCGGCGUCCUGCCACCACGUGGCGCUGUUCAACAGACAGACCCAGUGUGAACUCUACAGCACACACACUCUGAACACACACUGCAACACCUCCCAGCAGACCAGAGGGUUUCUGGGUAAUCCUCAGGCCGAGCGCUUUGAUUGGCUGAGCUGCUCUCUGAGAGUGAGGGGCGGGGCUUCAGACCUGCUCGUCAUCAGGAAGAAAGGUGCCGUAAAAACAAACACAAACAACAAACAAGAGAUGCUCUUUGGGAGGAUGAGGAUGAUGAAGGUGGUCUCAGGUGUGUUCAGGUCUCAGGUGUUCUCGUCCAGGACUUCUUCUCUCUCUGACGCUCAUCGUUUCUGUGAGGACGGCUGCAGACGGGACGCCUGCUGCUCCGGCUUCCUGCUGCAGCACAACGCCGUGGACGGAGGCUCUCUGCUCUGUGGUUGGCUGAGAGCUCCGUCCGUCCUGAUGUGUGGGGAGCAGGACUGGGACGUGGUGGGACGGGGGACGGCCCGGCGGCUCUGUGGAGGAGUGGCCUACAACAAGCCCAAGAACAGAUUCGACCUCGACUUCGGAGGACAAAAGUUCAGCUUCGAUGCUUCGUCUCUGUCGGACGACAGUAAGAAGGCGAAGGACUACCAGGCCUCCAUCAUCAGCUUCCAGGCCCUCUACCUGCACACAGACUCUGCCGGCUCCGACUCUUCGUCCUGUGCAGCAGCAGAAGUGGCUCCUCCUCUGGACGCGUCGGUGCAGAUGAAGUUUGAGUCUCUGUCGGAGGACGACGUCCUGGUGGAUCCUGACAGGAAACUCCCCAGACUCUCCUUCUGGCUCAGCAAGAACAACUACGACUCCCAGCAGGCAUUGCUCUGGUGUCUAUCACGCUGUGAGGCGGAGCCGCAGUGCGCCCUCGCCGACCUCGCCGACCUCGCCGGCGGCGGCGCUCCUCCGGGGUUCUUCAGCUGCUCGCUGCAUCCAGACAGUCGAGUCUGUGGAGCGUACGACAAUCCUCUGAGACGAGCCUGCCGCACCGUGAUGGAGCGGGCCCCCAACAACACCUACAGCAGGAAGGUGGACCUGUCUGGACCGGUGAAGAGUUUCUACCAGAGAGUUUCAUUCCAGAAGAUGGUUUCAUAUUCAGUCCGCAGCAGAACCAGUCUGAGAGGAAACACACCGCUGACUGAGGGCUUCAGGCAGUGUGAGCGGCGCUGUGAUGAGGAUCCUUGUUGCCGUGGUUUCGGCUUCGUCCGGGACACCAAAUCUCCAGGUAACCAUGCUGGUGUGGUGUGUGUGUCUCUGGUCAGUCUCGGGGUCCAGACGUGUCCCGAGGACUCGUCGUCCUCCUGGAGGACUCAGGACUGCAGCGAGUCUUCGGUCCAGACGAGACCGGACCCGUUCGGCUGGUACCAGAAACCAGUGAAUCAGUGGACUUCGUCUCCAGAUCUGUGUCCUCCCUUCAGUCUGACGGGGACACAAGCGCCUUCGUCCUCGUGGCGUCUCCUGUCCGACGCCUCGCUGCUCGUCACGCCGUCUCUCUCUACGUAUGAUGUCAUCCACGUGAGCCGCGACAUCGCCGCCGACUGGGACGCCACCCGGGCCUGGUGUCUCCAUGCCUGUGAGGAGGCGGAGUCUUGUGCCGCGGUGGCGCUCAGCGAGGCGGAGUCCGCCACUCGCUGCGUCCUCUACCCCGACACCUCCACCUGUGGGAUAAGCCCCGCCCCCGACUCAGCAAGCCCCGCCCCCACCUGCAGGCUGGCCAUCAGAGAGCCCGCCCCCCAGGUGUACCUGAAGACAGAUCUGUUGCCGUCGGUUACCUCCGUCUCCGUCCCGGGCCACGGCGUGCUGCAGGGCGUUACCGUGGAGACGGCGCUGGGCUCCGAGCGGCGGGCGGUCGUCCAGUACCUCGGGGUGCCCUACGCCCGUCCACCAAUAGGAGCGCUCCGCUUCGAAGCAGCUCAGCCCGCUGAUUGGACGGGAACCUGGGACGCCACGAAACCACGUCCCAGCUGUCUCCAGCCUGGUGAUGUAGAGUCUCCAGCGUCCAGUGAGGAUUGUCUCUACCUGAACGUCUUCCGUCCUGCAGCUCUGAGGGGGCGUGUCCCAGUCCUGGUCUUCUUCUUCAACCCCUCAGCCAAUCAGAGCCCAGGGCUGCUGGAUGGCUCCGCCCUGGCUGCGGUGGGGAACGUGGUGGUGGUGACGGCGAGCUACAGAACGGCAGCGCUGGGCUUCCUGAGCACAGGCUCCUCCCCCCGUGGUCUCCGUGGUAACUACGGGCUGUCGGACCAGGCAGCGGCGCUGCGUUGGGUCCAGGCCCACGGCGCUCUGCUGGGCGGAGACAGCAGCAGGGUGACGGUGGCGGCGGAGCGGCGAGGAGCUGACAUCACCAGCCUCCACCUCCUCUCCUCCUCCUCUCCUCCUCUCUUCCACAGGAUGAUUCUGAUGGGAGGCUCCCUGUUCUCCUCCUCGCUCCUCCAGACCUCCUCCUCCUCCCGCCGGCUGGCGCUCGCCCUCGCCGCUGACCUCGGCUGUCAGACCUCAGACGAGGAGCAGCUGGCCGCCUGCCUCAGAGCGGCGCCCGCCCAGCGCCUCAACGCCGCCCAGACCAGACUGUUGGCGGUCAGGGGACCGUUCCAGUCCUGGUCCCCGGUCCGUCCGUCCGUCCCCCAGUCCUCCCUCCUCGGUGUGGACCUCCUGCUGGGGACGUCGGAGCUCGACGGGCUGAUCAGCCGAUCCCGCAGGAUAAAGGACUUCGAGGCUCUGCAGGGCCGGGCUGACGGGAAGACGGCGUUCUACGAGGCUCUGAGUCGCUCGCUGGGCGGAGCUUCAGGCAGCGAGCUGCUGAAGGAGGCGGCGGCCUGGUUCUACUCUCUGGACCACAGAACCUCACCAGCCGGGUACAACCUGUUCUCCAGAGCCCUCAACAACGCCACCAGGGACCUGUUCAUCGUCUGUCCCAGCCUCCAGAUGGCGAGCCGCUGGGCCGACAGCGGCGCCAACGUCUUCCUGUACCACCAGCCGGCCGCCGGCUCCCCCAGCAGGGCCGAGCCGUCCGUCCCUCUGGACCUUCAGCUGGUGUUUGGGACGCCUCAUCAGCCAAUGAGCUCGCAGCGUUUCACCUCCUCUGACCGGCGCCUGUCCCUGGCCCUCAUGACCUACGUCUCCAGCUUCAUCAGGACCGGGAACCCGAACCCGUCUGAGGGGGGGGGAGCAGCUCUGCCCCGCUGGCAGCAGGUUCUGUCCUCUGAGGCCCCGCCCACUUACCUGGAGCUAAGCCCCGCCCUCCGACAUCGUCAGGGGCUCAGUCAGAACGCCUGCUCCUUCUGGAGCCAGCUGGGGACCCGACUGAGCAGUCUGAGCGGUGAGUCGGGGGCGGAGCCUCUCCAGCUCCAUGUUGCUGCUCCAUCCAGCCAAUCACAGACCGAGAAAGACGCCUACAGCUAAACUGAUGACAUCAUCAUCA